AUGAUCUGUAACAACUGCAAAUUAAGGGGUCAUACUGCCAGAUUUUGCAAAAGUAACCCAAAUAACACAGCCUCAACUACUACCGCAAGAGAAAGUCGAACCUGCUUCGAGUGCAACCAACCGGGACAUUUCAGGAAAGACUGUCCUAAGCUGAAGAGACAGGGUGGUCAAGGAAGGGCAUUUGUGAUAGGUGCGGGAGAUGCACGCCAGGAACCAACUGUGGUUACUGGUACAUUUCCUAUCGACAAUAUUUAUGCCUCUGUAUUAUUUGAUAUUGGUGCCGAUAAAAGUUUUAUUUCCCACAAGUUUAGAAAAAUGAUAAAUCAUGAAUCAUGCAAACUCAAUAAUGCUUACACGGUAGAAGUAGCCAAUGGUCAAAUAGAAAGCACCUUAGAGAUACUUACCAUCUGCCUUCUCACCCUGAAUAAUCACGUGUUUGAUGUCGGCCUAAUGCCCAUGAUUAUUGGAAGUUUUGAUGUAAUUAUCGGAAUGGAUUGGUUAUCGACCCAUCGAGUGGAGAUUUUACGCUACGAAAAGGCUGUGCGAUUACCUCUAUCAAACGAUGAAGCCCUUGUGAUUUAUGGAGACAAGGCAGGGAAGAACCUACGAGUCAUUACUUGCACGAAGGCAAGGAAGUAUUUGCAGAAGAGAUGCUACGCUUGCUUGGCCCACGUGGUGGAUACGCAAGGCAAGGGUAAGGAAAUCAAAGACAUACCCUAA